AUGACUAUUACUAGUCAUGUAAUAGACAGUACAUGGAAGUACAACAAUGUUACAUUAUCCACUGUCGAAAUUUCGGAGAAACACACUUCAGAGAAUUUAAAAAAUAAAUUGACUGAACUGUUGGGAGUUUGGAAUAUUGAAGGUAAAAUAUCUGCUGUUUUUCAUGACAAUGCUGCAAACAUUACAGGGGCUGUUUCGAAGAACAGAAACUUGUUUGGUGAUAGCAUACCCUGCUUUGCACAUACCCUACAGCUGUGCAUUAAUAGAGCCCUUUCAGUCGGUAAUGUUCAUGAUCUUGUGAAGAAAGCUGGAAAUGUAGUAAGUCAUUUCCAUCAUUCUAGUUUAGCCUAUUAUAAUUUGAAACAGAAGCAAGAUCAACUACAACUUCCAAUACAUAAGCUAAUAAAUAAGAACAUUACUAGGUGGAACUGCACUUACCACAUGCUUGAAAGACUGGUAGAACAACGGCCAGCAAUUUCAGCUGUUCUCAAUGAUCGCUCUGUGACAAACAUUAGGACAGCUGUGUCACUUGAAAUAACUGAGCAGGAAUGGGCGAAAAUAGGAAUGCUGGUCGCAAUGUUAAGACCGUUUGAAAUGAGUACCAGCUUAUUGUCAUCCGAAAAGGCUGUAACAUUGUCAACAGCAAAACCAUUGACGUCUUCGUUAAUGAGAAGAUGUUCAGAGAGAAUUAAUGAAGAGGAAUCUAUCCAUAUAAAAAAGUUUAAAAAACUAAUAAAAACUGAAAUUAUGGAUAGAUUUCUCUAUAAUGUUGACGAUGGAAAUUUAACAGUUUUCGAUAUGGCAAGCACAUUAGAUCCCAGAUACAAAGAUGAAGUUCCUCAUAACGUAAAACAAAAGGCAAUAGUGCUGUUAAGGCGUAUGGAAGAGACAUCCCCCAUUACGAUUGAAGAAGAAUCUUCAGAAAUAGGAAAAUACUAUUUAGAUGUAUUAUUUGAUGAAGAAAGAGCCAAUGCUAUUUCUACUAUUACAAAAUCAGAAAUUGAUAUAUACAUUACUGAGCAACCAAUAAGUAAAAGAGACUGCGUAUUUGAAUGGUGGCGUCGUAAUGAAAACAAAUAG